UAAAUUAAGAUAGUUGAAGUACCGAGCUUUUCCUUUCACUUCAAUUCAUUCCACUACGGGGUAAGUGGUUGCCGUUCCCGGGGUUUUUGUUCUUGAUAAAAUACGAUUGCGAAUGUGUGUCCUCUAGGUGCAGGAUCUUCCGCCACGGUCGUCUGCGUUCGGUGGGACCCAACUGUGCUGAGGGCUUAAUUGAAUAGUCUUACACAUCGUAUCACACGAAAGCGCCGUUCCACACACGUCACCAAGAAGAGACAGAAAGGCAGAAUGAAACGAAGCAUCGAAGGAACGAAAUCACUUUACACAAACGCCGUAAGCUGCUGCACCUUUGCCCAGGUGAAGAAGUGCUUCUUUAGCGUUGAAGAAGGUAAGUGAACGGUUUAAUUCUUCGCGACGUUCACACCGCAGGUGGAAGAAUCUCUCGAGGUUUGAUUUAUUAAUGACAUAACUUUCUGCGGUAUUAGUUAGUGGCUUCGAAAGCGUUCUUAUACCAUUCUUUCUUGCUUGCUGUUUUUUUUUGUUUUUUUAUGACAAAUAUACAUUUUGAAGACAUCCUUCAUAUAAGUCCUUGCCCUUAGUUUAUACUCCAGUACGCAAUCUGACUCCGACGUGUACAGACGUACAAAUCGAGUCUCUGAUAGCGAAGCAAUUGUAUAUAAUACAAAACACCAACCACAAAAAGUUACAGAAACAGUACGUGAAAGUGAAGCCUAAAUCAAGAACGUCAGUAGUCGCCCGACCUAUUACCAUGGGUCGUGGCAAACUCUCCGCAAAGCAAAGGAAUAUCAAAAUUCCUUUAGCUACUUUUAACGGCUUAGAAAAGCUCAAUUCUGAGCAAGUGCAAUUAGUAUCACCAAAUGCGUACGCAGCACUGGACAAUGACGUGGAAGAACAUCCUAUGGACACUAAUACAACAAAGCCAAACCCUACCAAAAGAAAUGUGCGUGUUCCUCCGAUAAAAAUAGCGUGCAAAUCAUUAGGCGAAGUGCACAAAAAAAUCACAGCUGCUGGUGUAGUGCGGUACACCACUAAAGUUGUAAAUGAGGGUAUAGUAGUGUAUACCAAUACUUCAGAAGAUUUCCGAGCGGUUGUGCGUCACCUGUCCAACAACAAAACAAACUUCCAUAUGCAGACAGAAGAAGUGACCAGAGUAUUAGAGGAAGAAGGCAUAAAACCGGUUUCUGUUAAGAAACUGAACGUUCGCAACAAAAAGUACGAUGAGCAUGCCACCUAUCUACUACACUUCUCUAAGGGCUCUGUCGAUCUAGCCAAACUGCGUUGUAUAAACGCGCUUGAACAUUGUAGAGUUCGUUGGAAUUAUUAUUCCAACAGGCAAGGACCGAUGCAGUGCAAACGCUGCCAAUCGUACGGCCACGGAGCUGCUAACUGUCACCACCCGGCUAUUUGCAACAAAUGUGCCGGACAACACGAAUCGAAAAUGUGCCCACUAGCAGCAACGUCAUCGUGUGAAAUCGGAGUGAUUCCAGCGCACAAAUUAAAAUGCGUCAACUGCGAUGGUAAUCAUCCAGCCAAUUUCUGGAACUGCCCAAAAAAACCUGUUAAACCCAAAGCCAGUGCUCCUAAAAAACCGGUGUCAAGAGAUUUCGUGUUCGAAGGGAAUGCGUUUCCCGCUCUCCCUCCUGUUCAAACAAGCUAUAGUGCUAUCAACCAAAAUGCUAGUCACCAUCACACAUACAAUGAUGAGCUUUUCAAUACGACGGAAAUCACCUCUAUUGUAGGAGAAGUUUUCUGCAAGCUACGCUCCUGCAAAUCUAAGGAGCAACAAAUCACCGCUAUAUUUGAAGUAGUGAGUAAAUUCUGUUUUAAUAUGUGAUGGAGCCUCAAUCAGAAAUAUCGCUUUCAUACUGGAACGCAAACGGCGUCUCCAACAAAAAAAUCGAACUUGAGAAUUUCCUGAGGGACAAAAUGAUUGAUAUAAUGAUAAUUGUCGAAACUUUUCUCAAACCCGGGCAAAGAUUUAAUAUCCCUAAUUACAAUAGUUGUAGAUUAGAUAGGCUAACUAGUACCAAAGGAGGAAUUUUGAUUUUGGUUAAAAGAAAUAUAAAAUACGAAUAUAUGAGUUCAUUCAAACUGGAAGCAAUCGAGGCAUUAGGAAUACAAAUAAAAACCUCCAAUGGUGCUCUAUCUAUUGUGGGUGCUUACCAUCCUGGCUCUAAUUCAAGAAUAAGAAAUUUUAGAAAUGAUAUAAAAAAACUAACCAUGAUAAGAACUAAUUACAUUAUUUGUGGCGAUUUAAAUGCCCGUCACAAUAUGUGGAACUGUGCUUCUACAAACUCUGCGGGCAAAACACUAUUCGAAGAACUACAGAAAGGG